CACUCCAAGUCUCUAAACUCACCGUUCUUCACUACCUAUACCUCAACCACCACCACCAUGUCGAAGCCUACCUUCACCGAGGAGGCCGCAACGCCUGAGUAUGCAGCCCAACUUGACGCACAAGAUCAUCUAGCUGCAUUCAGGGACAAAUUCAUCAUCCCAUCAAAGGCCGACAUUGCUUCCAAGAAACUCACCAAGCCCGGGCUCUCCUCGGAGCCGUGUAUCUACUUCUGCGGUAAUUCGCUUGGGAUCCAACCGAAAGCUACGGUCAAGUUUGUCGAAGCACAGCUCGACACUUGGGCGUCGAUCGGAGUCGGCGGCCAUUUCACGGAUCUGGAGGGUUCUCCAUUGAGACAAUGGCAAUUGCUUUCAGAGCAAGCUGCUGCUUCCAUGAGCAAGAUUGUCGGAGCCAAGCCCGAGGAAGUGGCAGCCAUGGGAACCCUGACGACGAACCUCCACCUGCUUUUGGCCAGCUUCUACAAACCCACUGCCACCAAGCAUAAGAUCAUCCUGGACUGGAAAGCAUUCCCCAGUGAUCACUACGCUAUCGAAUCGCAGAUUGCCUGGCAUGAUCUGGACCCCAAACAGUCCAUGGUGCUGAUCGGCCCUGAGGAGGGCGAGUACGAGAUCUCGACAGAAAGAAUUCUGUCCCUCAUCGACGAGCAUGCUGAUGAAUCAGCUGUUCUUCUUCUUCCGGGCAUCCAAUACUAUACGGGACAGUUCUUUGACAUCAAGAAGAUUACCCACUAUGCACACUCGCGAAAUCUCAUUGUCGGAUGGGAUCUAGCUCACGCAUACGCUAAUCUGGAUUUGAAGCUGCACGACUGGAACGUUGACUUUGCGGCGUGGUGCACAUACAAAUAUGGCAAUGCGGGCCCGGGGGCGAUGGGCGGACUUUUCGUCCACGAGAAGCAUGGCCAGGUCGACUACCGCGAAGGAGAAGACUCCCUAAAGUUCCGUCAUCGUUUGACUGGAUGGUACGGCGGCGACCGGUCAGUCAGAUUCAAGAUGGAUAACAAUUUCAAGCCCAUCCGUGGUGCUGGUGGCUUCCAGAUCUCGAACCCGUCGGCCAUCGAUCUCGCAGCUCUGUGUGCUGCCUUAUCUGUCUUUGAUGGCACGUCAAUGGCGGAACUUCGCCGGAAGUCGAUUCAGAUGACCGCAUACCUUGAGUAUCUGCUGCUGAAGGACUAUGAUGAAGAGUCGAGACCGUUCCGCAUCAUUACUCCGACGAAUCAUGAAGCAAGAGGAGCCCAGCUUAGUCUGUUGCUCAAGCCUGGACUGCUGCAGAAUGUAGCCCAAAAGCUGCAGGAAGCCGGGAUCGUCUGCGAUAAACGGGAACCAGGCGUAGUGCGUGUGGCACCCGUUCCGCUGUACAACACUUUUAGUGAGGUUUGGACCUUUGUCCGGAUUUUCAGGGAGGCACUAAAAGGUUGAGCCCGACCAGUAGC